GACCUGGAUCGGGCAGGUAGUUGACAUUUUUUCCAGUCAACGUCACCAUUUUUCGGCAAAAAUCCAAAUUUUCAGUGCCGUAUCAAAAUGGGGGAUGUGCGCUUUUCCGAUAUCAGCGCUUCAUACUAUCCACCCACGUUAAAAGGGGGAUUUAUAGGCGCGCACCCUCCCUUGAAAUCCAGCUUCUACCAAUCAGGACACACUAGCUACUUUCAAAGUUUCAGAAAUGAUCGCAUAUCCAGAAUGCAAAUGCCUGCGCAGGAAUGGGGCGUUCUGACCAGUCCCUACACUCCGCAUCCAGACAUUUCCAUCUAUGGCAAACCCAGCAAGUACCUGCAGUUUCCCCCAUCGGGAAUCAGUAUGCUGGAUGCCGCCAGGCAGCAGGAAGUAGACGACUUUUACAGGGCUUGCCAGAUGCAUCGUGACCAGUACAAAGAUCAUACUGGCAGUUUGCAUCCUUUGGAUUUCUUUAAGGCAUCCGACUACAGCUACCAGUGCCCUAAAGAUCCUACCAGCGUUUACUUGAAAUGCCCGGAACGCUACACUCGCUACAAGGACCCAAUAGUCCUACCACUGACUUUGGAGAGAACCUACAGAGCCCCGAUGUUACCGGAGCGGGCACUUACAGGCGUCUACAACCGGAGUUCUUGCAAAUAACAGCCCUAGUAAUGCAACUCAACCAUCAAAGGGGGUUUAAGCAGGAGCUUCCUUAAAGCCCCAUAAACGCCAAUUUCCAGCUUGAGAACAUUCUGACGUCUUCUGUCAAGUGCGGUCGGAUAUUGGACUUUUUGAGAUCUUCUUCAGCCUUUUAAGAACUUUAUAUGAACGUGAUGAUUACACGAAUGCCCUAUUUGAGUGCGAACAUUGAACAGCAAUGGAAUCUGUGUCGCAGUUCCAUCAAGCCCUGGAACUCACUGCAUAACAACGUUCCUAUAAGGCACGUGGGAAGAACCUGCCUCAAGUCAAGAAACAGCCCCACUAACUGUAGUAUACCCAUAAAAAUCAGCGUAUUCCUGACUUGCGGGGCCGCCAAAGUUUACUUUGGCAACCCAUUAGUUUGCUGUGAAAGUAGGUCUAGACUAGCAGGUUAUAGAACAAGCAGUGAUGCAAAAGUGAACUUCGACUGGAAAAGGUUCUGGCAAUAUCUAAAGCCUCAUUUAUGGAGCUUCGUGGCAGCAAUUUUGGGAGCUUUAGUGGUCGCCUUGUUAAACAUUCAAAUUCCUCAAGUGAUGGGUGGUGUUAUCAAUGUGCUCUCUAGAUUCACUCACGAGCAGGACAGCAAAUUGUUCAUCUCGGAAAUGAAACUUCCAGCCCUAAAGCUGAUUGCCAUGUAUCUAGGACAAAGCUUCUUCACGUUCUUCUACAUAUCAAUGCUAUCAAACCUGGGAGAAAAAAUCGCCUUUAGAAUGAAGUCGGAUCUAUUCGCCUCAAUUCUUAAGCAGGACAUUGCAUUUUUUGACGCUCAAAGAACAGGAGAAAUCGUCACUAGACUGACUGCAGACAUUCAGGACUUUAAAAGCAGCUUCAAACAGACGAUUUCAGGGGGUUUGCGGGCCGCUACCCAAAUCAUUGGCUGCUCAGUGUCCCUUCUAAUGAUUUCCCCUUAUAUGACUUGCAUAUCAAUGUUGUGCAUUCCUUCGGUGAUCGCUGUUGGCACCGUGUUUGGCUCGAUUCUUAGAUCGACUUCCCGAAAGACUCAAGCGCAGGUGGAAAAAGCCACUGCAGUUGCGGACGAAGCGAUCAGCAACAUUCGAACUGUUAGAGCGUUCGCCAUGGACGAUCAGGAGGAAAUCAUGUUCGUGCAAGAGGCUGAGAAGGCGAAAGAUUUGAAUGAAGCUCUCGGCUUUGGAAUCGGAAUUUUUCAAGCUGGGACCAAUUUGUUUCUAAAUGGUACAGUGUUGAUGACGUUGUAUCUGGGCGGCUACCUACUAUCAACCAAUCAGCUCUCAGCCGGUGAAGUGAUGUCGUUUUUAAUCUCGGCCCAAACCAUCCAAAGAUCAUUAGCGCAAGUUUCUUUGCUGUUUGGCAGUGUGAUUAAAGGACUGGCUGCAGGCGGCCGAGUGUUUGAGUACAUCAACAUGACGCCCUCAAUGAACCUGAAAGGCGGCCGAAUUAUUCCCGACAAAUUUCUUAAAGGCGAAAUUGUUUUCCAGAAUGUAACCUUUGCGUAUCCCACUAGGAAACAGCAGGUUGUUUUGGAAAACUUCAACUUAUCGGUUCCGGCAGGGAAAACGGUUGCCAUUGUGGGGGCCUCAGGCAAUGGAAAAUCCACCAUUGUGGCUCUUGUAGAAAGAUUCUACGAUGUCGACAAUGGAUCAGUGAAAAUCGAUGGUUACGACCUGAAAACGCUCGAUCCUUCAUGGUUGAGGCGCAAGGCUUUGGGUCUCAUCAGCCAAGAACCCAUUCUGUUUGGGACUACCAUUUUAGAGAAUAUCCGAUAUGGCAAACCUGAUGCAACAGAUGAAGAUGUGAGAAAAGCGGCUCAGUUAGCCAACGCAGACGAGUUUAUCUCGCACUUUCCCAACGGAUACCAAACAAUGGUCGGCGAAAGGGGCGCCACUUUAUCGGGAGGUCAAAAGCAGAGAAUUGCUAUUGCUAGAGCCCUGUUGAAGGAUCCCAAGAUACUCCUGUUAGAUGAAGCAACCAGUGCCCUAGACGCGGAAUCUGAAAAAGUUGUCCAGGCUGCCCUGGACAAUGCACGCAAAGGACGGACCGUUAUUGUGAUUGCCCAUCGACUAUCCACUGUACGAAACGCCGAUAUCAUCCUGGUUUUAAACAAUGGAAAAAUUGUGGAGAUGGGAACGCAUGAACAUCUCCAGCAACUUAAAGGCUAUUACUGGGCGUUAACGUAUCAGCAGCAACCACAAGCAGAAGGAGGAUAGGGGGCAAUCCAAUAUUCUGCUUACCUACGCACCGGCUUUUGUUUGACACCCUACCCUGUACAUGUAAUUUAAUAGAUGAUCAGACUUGAAACUUUA